AUGGACUACAAAACAAACCGCAAGAGCAAAGCUCCAUGGCAAUUGAAUCAGGGACUCAAUUCGAGGGCCGCCCCCUCCCAGCUCGAUCCGGCCGACCACAGCGAGCCAAACCAAGACCAGUACCAAAACACACCGUCAGCUACCCUGAUCAACCGUAAACACAACCGUAGACUCUCCAUCCAUGCUUCUGCAGUAGCCCCGCCCAUAAAUACAUUCGACACCAGCGGACUACCUCCCCUCCCGCCUUCUGCACUAGCGAUCAAUCGAAACAACACAGACAAUUCAGACUUGGUGCUGCUUCGAAGUCAUGCCGUGCGGGACAAGCAGGAAGACGACAUCGUUGCUAUGAUCACACACGAGCUCCGAGACAAAGAUUCCGUAGCAAUUGACGAGUUCCACAAGUCCUUGUUACUACAGAAGAAGAAGGUGGAAAACGACAUCAAGGAGAAGAUCAACCAAAACCAAAAGAACAUCUUGCAGCUCACGGACAAUUUGCAGGCCACGCAGCAGGAGCUAUUGCUGUUGCGAGAACUGACAAAGGCAUUAUAUAGUACUAUCUCUGACUUCACUGAUGCUGCUGAGAGACGGCUCGAGUUGGAGUUGGCCGAGCCUGAUCCGAUGCUGCAACAGCUGGGACGGUCCAGUUUUGGCUCCGACUCCUCCAAGAAAAAGAGAGACCGCUCCUCUGUGAUGGUGCUCCAGAAAAUGUGGGUAACAGAGCUCCAGCUGUUAUAUAAACACGUAGAAGGCGCCCAACAAGUGGUACAGACAAUCCCGGGACGUCAUAUUCUUGGCGAGAGUGGACGAUGGCACGAGAUCAAUGUUGGAAACUGGAAGCCCCUCAAGGCCGUUCAUUUGUUCCUUUUGAAUGACAUGAUACUUGUGGCUUCGCGAAAACAGACCACCGACAAAAAUGGUAAAACCCUCCAGCUAGUACACCACUGGCCCUUGCAUAUGGUAGAAAUUAGUCAGGUACAAUUGCCAGCAACAGCUGAAGUCCCCGGCCAGAAGACCUACGUAAUUAGUCUUUCUGCAAACUCUUCUCGUUACUACUUUCAGACAGACCGUUCCGACCACUACGAUAAGAUCCUCCGUGCUUACAACAAGGGAAAAUUGGAAGUCGAACAGGCUCAACGUUUGGUAGAAGAAGAUCGAGGUAAGAACGGUACAGAUGUGGGCCAAAAUGGCAAUGGAAGCAUGCUGAACUUGGGCGAGGAGGGACUGGACAAACGUCAACUCCGAGACUCACUACGCAAUUCCGGGUACCUAGACUCACCGCCGCUAGGAUCAACUGAAGAUCUCAACUUUAACCGCCGGUCGGGUUCGCAUAGAAACAGUGCAGACAUUCUAUUGAAAGACUUAUCAGUCAGAGUUCAUACCAGAAAUCGCUCUCAUGAUUUCAUGAAUUCGGAGAGACGGGCUACUGAUUCAAAAAGUGCGACUGCGUUGUUUCAGGAGCUCAAAGCUAAUGAAGACAAAUUGGACGAAGUCGAUGUAAACCUUGCACACAACGAUAAUACUGGCGCGGUUGGUCUAAUUCGCCACAUCGAAAACAAAUUGGGUGGUAUCGUGGAGCGUAUACCUGGUGUUAAGGAGGGAGAAAAUCAGAUUGAUGAGCUCCGACUUUUGGUAGACGUGAUCAGGCUCAAAAUCAACAACCGAAAACUGAAAAUACAACAAGGUCUAUUUUUUGACUUGCAUGAGAACAUUGCGACGCUCAGUCUGCUGAAGAUUGCCGUUAUCAUCGAACUCUAUCUAUCGUUUGACAAACUCGGCGAAGGUAUAUCAGCGCUUUUGAGUGCGUGGUCUACAUAUUUAUCACGUACCGUUGGGCGGCUUGUGUCCACCGCACAUGGCUCAACUAGGGUGGACAUUGUAAAUUAUCUCACUAACUUAGUGAUUGUGCAUGUUCUGAUAGUGAAGAAAGCCAUGCAAGUCCACAAAUCCUGCGUCGAGCCUAUGUUCGCCGGAUACGAAAGUGAGACAGUAGACUCAAGUGGAUUUGUCACCUGGUGCAUAUCAAAGGUGGGUCAAUUGGCGGAAUUGGUGAAGAAGCAUGCGUCUGGAUCUCUUCUUGUUGAGGACAAUGGAAUCUGGAAGGCCAAGGAUCCUCAAUAUUACCACGAACUUGUUAGAAUCAUGGAGCUGCAGCUAGAUAUUUUGAAGCAAGAAGGCCUCAAUGUUGAUUAUCUCUUUACGGAUAUUCUUCAUUGUAGUCCGUUAACGAACGUAGCACUGUGA